AUGGUGAGCUGCAUGCCCGACGCGUCCCUGGCACGGAAUAGCUGGCGGGGGCUGUUGAGGCACCCUCCUCCUCUGCCCUUCGAUGUCCACAAGGCUGCACAGGCAACUUCUGCGAGACUGGAGGAGAGAGAGAUAUGCCUCGAUCGGACCAACAUUCAGCGGGCAGCGGUUUUGAGCAUGGACGGGUAUCACAUGUACAACGCGCAGAUCGCCUCGGAGUUUCAACCUUCAAUGAAAGGCCUUCCCUCCACCUUCGCUGCUCGAGAUCUGAAGAGAGACCUGGCUGCAUUGCGGGAGUUCAAUGACGUCCUCUGCCCCGAGUACGAUCGCACUCUCCAUGAACCUGUUCAAGAUGCAAUCUCCAUCACCAAGGAGUUCCCGAUCGUCAUUGUAGAGGGCAACUAUCUGUUCCUCGAUGAGGGCGACUGGAGCGACCUGAAGGGGAUGUUUGACCUCAAGCUGUUCAUCAGCUGCUCGGCGGACGCCAGCUGCAGCCGCGUGACGAAGAGGAAGACCCGAAAUGGAGCGAGCGCGGCAGAGAUAGAGGGCGCCGUUCCCUACGUGCGUCAGAUGGCGGAGAUAGCUGAGAGGACGGCGGGGAACGCAGAUGCGAGGAUCACAUUCACUGACGGGGAGACGUCUGAGAGCCUUUCGUACCUGCUGAAGGAUGUGCAAGUCCACCAAGAGGAGCGGGAACCUUAUCUGUUGGCUGUCGGCUUGAACCCCGCGUUCCAGAAGACUCUCGUGUUCGAUGAUAUCAAGUUUGGAGACGUCAACAGGGCGCAGAAGGCGUAUCGUACGGUCGGAGGGAAAGGGCAGCACGUAGCGAUAGCAGCGAACAGGAUCGAUGUCGGGUCCGUGCGCGUUGCUCAUUUCCUUGGGGACGAGCAAGAACAAGGUAGAUUCAUCCACCAGCACCUGAAGGAUCGGAGCAUAGAUCAGCUGGUGCAGUGGGUCCCGUCAUCGACCAGGACGUGCACAACCUUACUGGACAUGAAGACAGGGAAGAUGACCGAGCUUAUUGAACCUUCGGAUCAGAUAUCACCGGAGGAUGUGAAGUCCAUGAUCGACAAGAUCGUCCCUGCUGCGCAGGGCUGCAGAGGCAAGCGGGCCAGCGUCGCCCUGUGCGGCACGUUCCCUCCUGGUGUGACAGAGGAGGUGUAUGCAACGCUCGCCCGAAGUCUGCCGCAGGACUGCAAGCUUGUUCUUGACGGUCCGUUGAAGCCUCCUGGUGGUGCAGGAAAGGACUUGGAUGCCGCUGCAAAGGACUGUCUAGAACGAUAUCUCUCCCCUCGCGCUGUCCUCGCCAUAACAAGCGGCAGCUCAAGCGCCUUCUUGUACCGCAAGGAAGCAGUAGAGGGCCGAGGGGAGCAGCAGAGCGCAGCAGUGGUCGUGACUGAGUUCACAAUCCCUCAGCUGGAGGCUGUAAACCCUAUUGGGGCAGGAGACACUUGUACCGCAGGCUUGCUGCACGGGAUCGUACACGACUACCCCGUCGAGGAAGCCUUCGCCUACGCUCUGGCCUGUGCAAGUGCGAGUUGCCUUCACUUGGAGGGAGCGAACUUUGACCUGCGAGAGACUCUACAGCUCUAUGAUAAGAUCACGUACGAGGUUGUAAGAAAGAUCUGA